AUGGCGGACCCGUCCGGCGCCGAGGCGGAGAUCGACGGCGAGGAGAAGCGCAUCCGCUUCCAGGCGCCGAAGAAGCGCUUCGCGGCGCUCGCGGCGGCGCCGCGGGCGACGUCGCAGCACGACACGGUCGCGCUCGUCGAGGGCGAGGAGGGCUACCGCCUGGCGCUCGACGGCGACGCCGGCGGCGCCGUGGACCCGCGGCGCGCGUGCCUGCUGAGGAGCGAGCUGCUGCGCCUGAGCCAGCUCGAGAAGCGGAAGGACUUUUUACAGCUCGUCCACGAGCCCUUGUGGCCGCUCGCGCAGUCGCUGCCCGAGGUGCUCCACAACGGCGACCGCAUCGCGACCGUGCUCGGCGCCGCCUUCGCGGACCCGGCGACGCGCGUCGCCGGCGCCUACUCGCUGGCGUCGGUGUUGGCGCGCGACGCGGGCCCCGCGCUCGGGGCGGAAGCGCUCGCGGCGCUCGUCGCGGGGCUGGCCGCGUCCGUCGGCGACCGGAGCCCGCCCGUCGCCAAGGCCGCGAGCGACGCGUUGGGGUACGUGUUCCGCUACUGCGCCGACGGCCUCCUGGAGGGCGCGGAGGCGGGCUGGCCCGCGGCGCGGCGCCACUACGGCGCUCUUUUGGGCGCCGAGUCCGAGGACGCGCGGGCCCUGGGCGCGCGCGUCCUCGCGAAGCUCCUGCGGCGCAUCCGCAAGCCCAAGGUCCUCGCGAAGCACCUGCGGAAGCUCCUGUCCGUCGCUUUGCGGGACCGGGACGAGCGGGCCGCCGUCGUCGCCCGAUCGCGCGACGGUCUCGCGCGGCUGCUCUUCGAGCUGGCCGUCGGCGUCGGCGGGCGGCUCCACAGCCGCGCGGGCGACGUGCUCGGGGUCGUGCUCGCGCGAGGCGGCGCCGUCGCCGACCGCGUGCUGACGCUCCUGCUCGACGCGACGCGGCCGGGCGACGACGUCGAACCGUUGUGGGCGGCCGUCGUCGACGGCGCGGCGAACCGCGCGUCCGCGGGCGACGCGGCCCUCGGCGACGCGCUGGCGCGCCUCGCCACCGUCGUGUCCUGGCGCCGCGCGCGGCUCCUGACGAACCGCGACGACGACCUCAAGGUCGACCGCGCUUUGCCGCGAGCUCUAGCGCGCGACCGCUGCGACCGCCUCGCCGCGCUCCUCGACGGCCUCGUCGCCGGCGCCGGCGCGGGCGCCGCGCCGCGCGACGCGGGGGCCCUCGUCCGGGCGGCGCUCGCGGGCGCGGCCGCGGCGCCGCAGGGCGCGCUCCGCGCGGUCGCGGCCGCGCGCGGCGAGGCCUGGGUCGCCGGCGUGCUCCAAGCGGGCGGCGCGCGCGACGCGCUGGCGGUCCUCGACGCGCUCGACGACCUCGAGGACGCCGGCGCCGGCGUCGACGCCGCGGCGGACGCGGCGCUCGAGGCCGCGCUCGCGGCCGCGGCCGCGGGCGACGCCGCCGCGGGCCUCGCCGUCGCCGCGCGCGCGGCGAAGCGGGGCUCGGGCCGGUUGCUCGACCGCGUCGCCGCGGAGAUCGUCGCGCCGCCUUUGGAGGCCGCGGCGCGGGCCGUCGACGCCGCGGCGCUCGCGGCCGCCAGGGCAGCAAAAGAGAGCGAAAUUCCCAACUUCAAAGGCUCCGAUCUCGGCCGUUUUCCACUCGCGGCCGCGCUGCCCGCGCUCGACGUCGCGACGGCGCUCGCGGGCGCGGCCGCCGGGCCGCGGGUGGCCGCCCUCGCCGCGCAGCUCGUCGACGCCUGCAGCCGGCGCGCCUUCGAGUCCGAGAAGACCGCGGAGCUCCGCGUCGUCCGCGCCGCGGGCCUCCGCGCGCUCGACGCUUUGGGCCAGCCCCACGUCGCCGCGCGCGCGGCGGCGCCGCUGAUCGCGGCGCUCACGGGGCGGCCCGCGGCGCUCGGCAGCGCCGCGACGCUGCGGGUCGCCGCGGAGACGAUCCGGCGCCACGGCGCGGCCGCGGCCUUCAACGCGCCGGGCGCCGCGGGCGCGCUCGCCGACGCCGUCGCGCCGCGCCUCGCGGCGCCGAGCGGCGCCGCGCGCGCCCUGGCCCUCGAGCUCAUGGCCGCGCUCGGCGAACCGUGCGACGCGGAGCUCACGGUCGCGGCCUUCGACGCUUCGGAACCUUCCGACGGCGGCGCGGCCUUUGCGCUGCGGCUCUGCGGGGCCGUCGAGGCGUUGCCCGUCGCGCUCGCGUCGGAGCGGCCCAUGGCGCGGCUCCUGGGCGUCGCCGAGGCCCUCGCGCGGCGCCGGGGCGACGGCGCGCUCGGCGCGGCGGCGGCGCGGUCUUUCGCGUGCCACUGCUGCGGCCUGCUGACCGUCCGCUUCGAGCCGCUCUGGGCCCACGCCACCAAAGUCCUCGCGGCCCUGGACCCGGGCGCGAAAUGGCCGCCGCUCCUGGCGCUGCUGCAGCGCGCGUCGUCCGCGGCCGCCGCGGCGCCGUCGAAGAAGCGCCGCGGCGGCGAGCCCGACGCCGCGGACCUCGCCGGUGCGCUCGCGCGGGCCGCGCGCGACGACGACGCGGCCACGGGCGGCGGCCGCGCGAGCGGCGUUUGGGAAGCGGACGACGACGGCGCUUUGGACGCGGACCGGUCGCACGCCGUGGCCUGGGACGCGGCCGCGGCCUGCGGCGCCGUCGGCGGCGCGUCCGCGGACGGCGCGCGCGCCGCCGUCGAGCUCUUCGUCACGUUCCUCCGCGUCGACCUCUUCGACGACGGCGGCGAUCCCGACGCGAAGGAGAUCCUGCCGCUGCUGCCGCGGGCCUGCGGCGACCGCUACGGCCGCGCGGCGCCCCUGCCCGGCGCGGCGCGCCACCGGCGCCUCGAGACGCUGCUCAGGGUCUUCGCCGGCGCGGCCGCGCCGAAGUCGCUGCCCCACGGCGACGCGCUCCGGGCCGUCUACGAGCGCCUCCUGGGCAAGCCGCGCGGCGACGUCGCGUCGCUGGCGCUCAAGUGCCUCGCGCCCUACAAGGUGCCCCACCUCGCGCCCUACGCGGCGCGCGUCGCCGCGCUGUUGGACGACGCGACGCUGCGCGACACGCUCGUCAAGCUCGGCGCGUCGCGCGAGGCCCGCGGCGUCGGCGCCGUCGAGGCCGGCGCCGGCGGCUGGCAGAUCGACGACACGCACCGCGCGGGGCUCAUCCCCGUGCUCUGCCGCGUGCUCUUCGGCCGCUUCCGCGCCAAGUCGGCGGCCGUCGGCGGCCGGCGCAAGGCGUCGCCGGCCGCGCGGCGCGCGACGAUCCUGAGUUUUCUCGCGGCGCUGGACCCGUCGGAGCUCGACGCGUUCCUGGUGCUCAUGUUCCGGCCGUUGCUGCCGUCGGGCGGGCUCGACUCUCUGGCGCCGCUCCGGGGCCGCGAGGACGCGGAGCGGGCCGUGGCGGCGUGUUCCGAGUCGCGCGUGUCCGGGCUGCUCCAGCUGCUCCGGGCCGUCGUCGCCAAGCUCGGCUACCGCGUCGAGGCCCACGCGGGCACGUUCCUGGGCGUCGUGCUCGCCGUGCUCGCCGCGCGGGGCGAGGCCGAGGAGGAGGCCGUCGAGGACGAGGAGGAGGACGACGACGAAGAAGAAGUCGUCGACGGGUCGAAGUCGCGGCGGAAGCGCGAGCGGCACUUGGCCUUAAAGUGCUGCAAGGAGCUCCUGGACCAGUUCGCGGAGUCCGACGUCCUCUGGGCCGUCGACGGCGGCCUGAAGGAGCGGCUCUGGGCGCCCCUCGGGUCGCACCUCGCGUCGCUCGCGGGCAGCUCCGGCGGGCAGGCGCGGAGCCCCGCGCUCCUCGAGGUCGUCGCCGCGGCAUGCGCGUACCCGAGCCUCCGGGCCGCCGUCGCGCCGGGGGCCGUCGCGGCCCUCGCGGCCUGCGCCGCCGACGCGAAACUCGCGCUCGACGGCGUCUGCGGCCUCCUCGCGGAGGACGACUCCUCGGGCGCGGCGCUGUUGCGGCCCGAGGCCGCGGCGGUCGUCGCGGCGCUCGGCAGGGCGCUCGACGGGUCCGCGGCGCGGCGGCUCAACAAGACCCAGCUCCGCGCGCUCAACGCCCUGCGGCGCGUCGCGGAGCUGGCGACGCUGCCCGCGGCCGACGCGAACUUUUGGCCGCUCGGCGACGGCGACGCGAGCCGCCUGGCCGCGACGCUCGUGCCCCGGCUGAAGAUCGUCGGCGCGGCGCACGACACGUCCAUCGCGACGACGCGCGACACGAUCCGCACGUGCCUCGGCGCGCUCUUCCCGCGCGUCGCGCGGCCCUUCUCGCACGCGCAGUCGCUCGUCGCGCUCCUCGGGCCGCCGCGGCGGAAGCGGCGGUCGACGGAGCUCUUCGCCGCGUCGGACCGCGGCGACGCCGUGCGCGCCGUGGCGCUGACGUUUGUCGACCUCGCGCGGGGCCACGAGGACCUGCGGGCGCCGAGCCUGAAAGCGGGCGCGGAUCUCGUGGAGGCGCUCGUCGCCGUCGACGAGUCGUCGCUCGACGGCGCGCCGGAUUUCGAAAAAGCGGGCGCGGCGCUCCAGGAUUUGGCGGACGCGGGCGCCUGGGCGCCGCUCCUCGCCGACGCCGACGUCGGGGCGCUCGGCGCCGCGCCGGUCGUGGCGCUGCUCCAGACGCUCGCGCGCGACUCGGACGCCGCGCUCCGCGACGGCGCGGCGCGCGCGUCGCGCGCGUUCCUCGCGGCGGCGGCGGCGGCGGCGUCCCACGGCAAGACCUGGACGGCGGAGUGGGUCGCGACGACCUGCUUACUACCCCACGUCAUGGGGGCGCUGGAGCUCGGCGACGACGGCCCGCGGCGCGCGGCCGUGUCGGCGCUCGGCGCCGCCGCCGCGAAGUCGUCGGCGACGUUCCUCGCGCCCGCGGUGGCGCUCAAGCGCUUCGCCAACGACAACGCGGACCUGGACCUCUUCGAGAACGUCGCGCACCUCCAGGCCCACCGGCGGGCCCGCGCGUUGAAGCGCGCGGCGGCCGUCUUCGCGUCGGUUGACCUCGACGACGCCGCCCGCGGCGACGCCGCGCGGUUCCUGCUGCCCCUGGCGCUCCAGCCCCUCUACGACGCGCGGGCCCAGGACGCGCUCGUCAAGGAGGCGGCGGCCUGCGUCGGCGUCGUGGCGUCGGCGCUGCCCUGGAGCCGCUACGGCCAACUGGCGAAGCGUCUCGCCACGGUCGUCGAGAACCAGGCGCGGCUCCACGAGCGGUUGAGCCGCCCCAAGGCGAACAGCCAGCAGGCGCCGUCGGGCGCCGCGAGCCGCAAGGAGAGGCCCAAGUUCCGCGACAUGCAGCUCCAGAGCAGCAAGGCCCUCGAGGCGACCUUCGUCGCGGCGUUCUGCCACGUCCUCGACAACUUCCAUUUCCUCGACGGCGCGGACGACGCCAUGGACGUCGAAGAGGAGGAGGAGGACGAGGAAGAGGAGGAGGAAGACGCCGAGGAGGAGGAGGAGGAGGCCGACGCGCCCGCCCAACCCCCGAAGGCGGACAAGGUGUCCGCGGGCCUCCACGGCUGGCUCCUGCCGACGGCGCGGCGGCUGCUGAAGAAGCCCGUGCGCGCCAAAAAGACGGGCGCGCGCGACGAGGUGCUCCGCGCGCCCGUGGCCCUCGCGAUCCUGCGCCUCGCCGCGAAGCUGCCCGCGGCGGCGCGCGACUCGGAGACGCGGGGUUUGGUGGUGUCGGUCUGCGGCGGGCUCCGACACCGCGACGCGACGCAGCGCGACGUCGGGCGGGCGACGCUCGCGAAAAUGGUCGUCUUCCUGUCGCCGACGUGCCUGCCCUUGGUGUUGCGGGAGCUCAAGGCGGCGCUCCACAGCGGCUACAUGCUCGCCGUGCGGUCCGCCGCCGUGCACUCCAUCGUCGCGGCGCUCCAGAGCGCCGGCGCGGACGCGCUCGGCGCAAUCGGGAACGAGGCGGCGGCCGCGCCGGCGACGGUCGACGACCCGGCCGUCGCGGACGCGGCCGCGGCGGCCUGCGCGCACUCGUUAGACGCGGGCGUGGCCCCGCUCGUCGAGCUCCUCGUCGACGACUUGUUGGGCUCCGCGGCGAAGACCUUCGACGGCCGCGCGGCCGGCGACCACAAGGCCGGGUCCGCGUCGGGCGUGCCCGAGGCGGCCAAGGUCGUCUCGCGGACCUACGAGUCGCUCGAGUUGCUCGCGAAAUCCGUGCUCUACCGGCCGAGCUACGCGACGCGCGACGCCGGCGCACCGGACGACGCGCCGGUCGCGCGGAGCGCGGCGCACGCGCUGGUCCGCCCGCUCUUCGACGCGCUCGCGCAGCGCGCGGGCGAGGAGGACGACGCGCGCGCGACGGAGGCGGGCCGCUGCCGCGCCGCCGUCGCGCGCGUCGCCGCGGGCUUCGCGGCGAACCCGUCGUCGUGUGGAGGGGAGUUGGUCUACCACGCGGUGGCCAUAUUGACGCGGACGGGCGUCGUCACGCGCGACGCCGCGCCCGACGUCGACGAGUCCGACUCCGACGACGACUCCGACGACGGGUCCCUCGCGCCGCUGGCCAUGGACGAGGCCGACAUGGUGCCGAGGCGCGUGCGCACGAACGCGGGCGCCGCGACGGCGUGGCUGCCCUCGGCGGGCGACGCGUCGUCGUCCAAGGCCGAGGCGCUCGCGCGGAAGCGCAAGCGCGAGCAGGAGAACGUCGCCGUCAUCGACGGCGCGUCGGCGCCCAAGCUCACGGGCCGGGACCGCCACGGCGGCGUCCUCGAGCGGGCGUCGCACCGCCGCGCGGUCCGCGACGAGAAGUCGAGGUUCGCCGUGCACCUGCUGCGCUUCGGCCUCCGGAAGCACAAGCUCCAGAGCUGCGACGACGCCGUCAAGGCGACGGCGACGCCGCUGCUCGGCAUGCUCGCGCGGGCCUACCGGGGCCUCCGGGGCGACGAGGAGCUCCAGCUCGGCGUCGUCGCCGUCGCGUCCGCGCUGUUGGGCUGGAAGCUCGAGGGCGCCGCGCGCUGGGCGCCGCGGCUCGCCAAGGUCGCGCUCGAGACGCUGCGGCGGUGCUCGCGCUUCGGCGGCGCGCCCGUGGGCGACGGCGCCCAGGGCGCCUUCAAGAUGCUCGCGGCGCUCCUCGGCGGCAAGAGCGACGACGGCUACGAGGUGUCGCUCGCCGACGCGCAGCUCAAGGCCGUCGCCUCGUCCGUGCGCGCCGCGCUCUCCGAGUCCGCGCUCGCGGACGACGACUCCUUCGCGUCGAACCGCGCGGCGACCUACGCGCUCCUGCUGGCCAUGGUGCGGCGGCCCGUCGUCGUCGCGGAGAUCUACGACGUCAUGGACGCCGUCGCGGACGGCGUCGCGGAGCUCCAGGUCACGUCGCUCGAGCGCGCGGAGCGGAAGCGGGCGUCGGCGAUCCUCCUCAAGUUCGUGCUGACCUACCCCAUGGGCAAGAAGCGCGCGAAGCACCACCUCGGCCAGCUUCUGCUCGGGCUCGACUACGCCUACGAGGAGGGGCGCCUCGCCGCGCUCGACGCGCUCGCCGCGGCGCUCCGCGCGCUGCCGCCGGCGACGGUCGACGAGCACGGCGCGUCCUUCUUCGCCCAGCUCGCCAUGCGCUGCGGCAACGAGGCGUCGGCGGCCUGCGCGGCGCGCGUCAAGGACGUGCUCGCGACGCUGCUGGGCCGCGUGGCGCCGGAGACGCGCGCGGGGCUGCUGCAGCGGUGCCUGGACUUUCUCGACGCCGCGGGCUCCGAGGACCGCGCGGCGGAGUUCGACGCCGCGGAGAAGCUCGCGUCCCUGCGGCUACUAGCGGCGCGCGUCGCCGAGGCCUUCGCCGGCCACCUGGACGAGCCGAAGCUCGCGCGGAAGGCCCUGGAGACGCUCGCGGCCGCCGCGGGCCGCCGCGGCGACGGCCGGCGCCGCGCGGUCUUCGCGGUCUUCGCGGCGUGCCUCGAGCGCGCGCCCGCGGCGCUCGAGGCCUGCCUCGGGAAGUGCGUCGCGCCGCUGCACCGGGCCAUCGACGAGGAGCGGGAGCGCGACGCGGCCGCGCGCGACUGGGGCAAGAAGCGGACCGAGGACCGCGACACCGCGACGGCCGCGCUGGCCCAGGACGUGCUCCAGCGCUUCGAGGACGCGUUCGGCGCCGAGACCGUGGCGCGCGCCGUCGGGGCCGUCGUGUCGGAGCUGCGGCGGAAGCGCGACGAGCGCAAGGCCGCGAAGAAGAAGAUGGCGGUCACGGAUCCCGCGGGCUUUUCGAAGCGGAAGCUGGCGCGGGGGGAGGAGAAGAAGGCGGGGCGGAAGCGGAAGGCGGCGGGGGUGUAA